AUGACGUAUUUAACGGAAAACCCCGAAUUAUUCAAAGAGUACAAGAAGAAGAUCGAUGCGUACAACAAGGAAAGAGAGGACCAGAUCAAGGCGUACGAUCCGGAGUUUGUAGCCAAGUGCGAGAAGUUGCUACCCAGCGCAGAUGUGCUUGAUUCAGAGCCAAUUGAAGGUUUGGAGCUGUUGGAUCAAUUGCUCGACAAGAGCGAAUUGCAGAUCGUUAACGAAUACUCGAUCGAAGAAUUGGUGCAGAAACAGGUUUCUGGCGAGUUGAGUGCGGUGCAGAUCGCACACGCCUACAUCAAGGCUGCCAUUGUGGCCAACUACGUGACAAACUUUGCAAUGCAGUUUCUCAUUCCAGAAGCGUUGAAGCAGGCACAGGAACUUGAUGAGUAUUUGAAAAAAGAGGGCAAGCCCAAGGGCGCCUUGCACGGUGUGCCCGUGUCUUUGAAGGAGCAGAUGUUCUUUGGUGGUAAGCCAACGAACGCCUCGUACGUCUCGUACAUCGAUUUUGUCCCGGAAGAAUCCGCCGCCAGUAUCCAAAUCUUGGAGAAACUAGGUGCAGUGUUCCACGUUCGGACUUCGCAACCUCAAACCAUCAUGCACUUGGAUACCUGGAACAACAUCAUCGGGAGGACCAGAAACCCAAGAUCAACCAAGCUUUCUCCAGGUGGCUCUUCAGGUGGUGAGUCUGCAUGCAUCGGUAUGCACGGCUCGGUCAUUGGCCAUGGUUCGGACAUUGGUGGGUCCAUUAGAGCCCCAGCAGCGUUCGCCAACUUGUUUGGUAUCAGACCAACCACAAAACGUUUCACGUUGUUGAACGGUUUGAGCGGUGGUAAGGGCCAGGAGUCUGUUGUUGCAACGCAGGGACCUCUAGCAAGGUCUAUCGACGAGUUGGAUUACUAUAUGAACGCCUACUUAAAUGAGGGGAAGCCAUGGGAAAUUGACUCGAUGGUCGUCCCACUCCCAUGGAGACAGCCUUCUUUGCCGGACGUCAUCACCAUCGGUGUCCUACCAGACGACGGCUUGGUGACUCCAUACCCAUCUAUCUCCAGAGGUAUCAAGAGCGUCGCUGACGCCUUGUCCAAGGAUCCAAGAUUCAAGGUCAUCGACUUGUCCGAAAAUUGGUUCACAGAAGAGGAAAUGAAGGAAUUGUACGACACAACCUUGGCUUUGUACACCUGUGACGGUAACAAGGUCCAAUUGUCCAUGUUGGAGCCAAGUGGAGAACCAAUCUUGCCCUUGACCAGACAUUUCUUAGAAUUCGGUGGUGGUAAAGAACACACUAUAUAUUCAAACCGUAUGAUGAACGCUCUAAGGGAUGCAACAAAGACUACCAUGAUGAAAAAGUUCUUCAACGGGUUGAAGUUAGACUUCAUCCUAUCCCCAACGAACGUGGCUCCAGCAGAAAUUCCAGGCGAAUCGUACUACUGGGGUUACACUUCUUUCUGGAACCUUCUUGAUUAUCCAAACGUUGUGUUCCCAACUGGUUUGAAACACGACGUCGAGCUAGAUUCCAAGGCUCCUGAAUCGCUAAAGACUAACGAUUACGAGAAGAAGGUUUGGUAUAAUGAUGACGGGUCCAUCAGAUACAACAGCAAGGAAUACGAAAACGCUCCUGUCGCUUUGCAAUUAACAGGAAAGCGUUACCACGAUGAAGAUGUAGUCGCAGCCACUAAAAUCAUCGCCGAACUUUUGAAUGUUACCAGAGUUUGA